AAGAAGGACAACCUGCUCAGCCAGGCUGCUGCUCUGAUCUGUCUGAUCCAACAUGGACACCCUGAGAGGAACAGUGACCUUCCUCUUCCUGGUCCUGGUGCCCUCUGCGGUUAUGGUACCGCGCCCGAUGCCGCCCACAGUGCCUGGGGACCCGCCCCCUGGCUUCCCGGACCCGCCCCCUGGCUUCAGAGACAAGGCCAAGAAUCUGAUGAUGCAAUGCCUGGGAAUGGGAUACCAAGUGCCUCCCAUGGUGUUGAUGUACAACGUCCAUCAACUCACCAACACCAGUGGGGUCCCAGCGGGGGACAAGAUGUCCGGUCUCAGUUCACUUCCCAUCUUCCUCUCCCUCCUGUCCUCCCUUCCCCCACCAGACUCUGGGCGGCUGCAUAUCCAGCCCAACAAAACCAUGGAAUAUCCAGACCAGGAAUGGAACAUGACAGAGAAGAUGUGGAAUUGUUCCAGUCUUCCAGGGCUGAUAAAGCUCAUGAAGAACUCCUCGGACGGGCCUCUGUGUUUCUUCCGGGCGCUCGUCUCCCCCCUCUCCUGGACGGCUCUGACGAUGACCGACGGAAGCAACCUGGACCCGGAGGAUUAUGGGAGGCUGGUGUGGGCGGCUUGGCCCUUCCUUCAGAACAUGGCACCUCUUCAGAUGGGCCUGCCCGCCAGCAUACAGCGUCCACACCUCCAAGUCAUGAUGAAGAUGAUGCGAAACGUGUUUGGCUCUCUGACGGAGGGGCAGCAGGACCAGAUUAAGGAGUGGGUGAGGGAGCAGAUCGGACUCAAUUACUUCAACUGCAGCCUUGCUGAUGGGUCACAUAAACCAGACCAGGGCAAGCCUAAGACACAUGUGAGCUCCUCUCCUCCUCGCUGCUCUAAGGAGCUGCAGUGGCUGGAGGUAGAAGGCUUGAAGACGAUGGGUCCCUUCCUCACUCGCCUGUCUCUGGACGACAUCAAAACCAUCCCCAAAGACCAGAUAUGCAACUUCUUAACGACCCCGGAUUUUAGCUCCUCCUUCAGGGGUGUGGCCAGGAUGAACUCCAGUCUUGGCAGGAAAUUCCUGGAGAUGGUCAAAGACUGUUCCAAGGAAGGGUUAAUACAGAACGUGGACAGGCUUGGCUCACUGGCAUGUUUCUAUGGCGACGCCCCGACACUGAACUCCUCCCUCAGUAGAAAACUUCUGUCUCAGCUGAGCAACUGCAGCAACUCUGAUGUCAAAGCGCUGAAGAAACGCUUGGUGAACAUGUUGAUGAUGACCUCCCCGUCACCAGGGGACUCCCUGCUGAGCGAGCUGGGCCCGGGGGUGACAGCCCUGCCCUCCUCCUUUCUGGCCCAGUUCUCCAUCUCAGCCCUGCAGGACACCCUGGUCUCCCUGGGCCCCAAGGCCAAAUGGAGCGUGAGCCAGGCCAAGGCCCUGGCCAGUAAGCUGCUGCAGGGGAAGGAGUCGGUGACCAAUCUGGAGCUGGUGUCUCUGGGGCCGGCGGUGAGAGGCGUGGCCUCAAGGCUGCUCAGGAAGGUCAAAGACCUGGGGCUUCUGGGUAGUGAGGGUCUACAGAGCAUGAGCCAGAGCAUGACCAAGCUACAGAAGACCGCGCUUCUGGAGGGGUUUCGUAAGGAUACUAACGCCUCGGAGCUGGUGCGGAAAGUCCCCUCUGCCCUGCUCUCCAGCCUGUCCCUGCACACCCUGGACCAGGCCAACUUCACCUCCUUCGACCAGCUGGACGGCAAGACCUGGACACGAGCACAGGCAGCGUUCCUGGUCAAGAAGAUCAUGGGAAAGACCAUUAAACCUGCAGCUAUGCGGAAGCUGGGCUGGGCCAUGCAGGGCGUGGCUUGUGACAUGAUUAACCAAACGACGGAUAGUGAUGCUAUGGACAUGGCCAUAGCACUGACAGACAAUCCCCAGUUGCUCACCAGAGCUCAGGUGUGCUGUGCUGCUCGCAGGCUGUUUGGCAGCUUGGAGAAAGUGAGAGCAGGCUACUUCAGAAACCUGACAGAAGACGAGCUCAACCUUGUUCCCACCAUCCUGCUGCUGCACCUACAGGCUCCGGUGAUUAAGGGCCUCCCUGCCUCCGUGUGUUCUGCCUUCCUGGUGAAGAUGGGCCAGGCCAACCUGAGCUCUGUGCCCCUCAGGUCCCCCUCCCGUCAAGCUCUCACCAGCAGAGCUCUCAGCUGCCUGCUCAACGGUCGGAGCAUGUCGGAGCUCAGCAGUGAUGAGGUGCUAAGUCUGGGGUCUCUGCUGUGUGAGGUAUCUCCCUCUCAGCUGACCCUGCUGAGCCAGAGCACACUCAACUCCUCCCUGCCAGCGCUGGCCUCCUGCUCACAUAUCCCUCCUCUCCACAGGACAGCGCUACUGCAGCUGCUCAACCACACUUAUGGGGCCCCAUCCAAUUGGUCCGCCGAUACCACGGUCGCCCUGGCUCCUCUCCUCCUAUUGGAUGAUUCCACCGUCCGUUCACUGCGCUACAGAUCGUGGCUGAAGACGACUCUCUCAGACCUGCUGGACAGCAUGCCUGCCCAGCAGGGGGCCCCCGGCCCCUCAGAGUACAGCAGUGCCCUGGACCUCUCCACCCUGCGAUGGAAACUGUUCUCUCUCUGCACGUCCCCAGACGCCGUGCCCCCCACAGCCACGCCCGCUCGCAGGAGGAGAGCAGCUUCUCCCCUGGCAGUCCUGGUUCCCCUUGCGGCUCAGAUUGAGGACUUGGGCCCAGCUAACGUCUACUGGACCCCCGACCAGCUGUCUGCCAUGUCAAAUGACACUUUCAUCACUACCGCAGACACGCUUGGGGCCAUCACAACCUACAGUAGCGAUCAGCUGAGUGCGCUUCGGCAGAAAGUCAUAGAGGCGUGGGGUCCCGUGGCUAAUCUGAACGAGAGCCAGGUGGUCCACCUGGCCUGCAUCUGCCAGGGGUUCAACCUCACAGAGCUGUCCAGCCUCCCCAUCUCCUCCCUGGACACCCUGGAUGCCCUGGCCCCCUGCUCCUGGACCCAGACACAGAGGGAGAUGGUGUGGAAGUGUUAUCUUGGGCGCUGUGGCAUGACGGUGGGACAGCUGACAGCUGUGGAGAUCGUGGGACUGAAUCAGUUUGUCUGUGGGCUCAGUACUAACGAGACAACUCAGAUCAACGCUGAUGUUUUCAGGGAGGCUGUGGGGUCCCUGGGGAACCUGGAGUGCCCCCUGAUGUGGACAGAGAAGCUGAAGGAGAGAGCAGUGGCUCUGUUUGGAGCGCCCAGCAGCUGGAGUCAGGCUCAGGUCAACACCCUGGGCAACAUCAUCGCUGGUCUGACUUCAGCUGAGCUGAAUUCUCUGAGUUCCUCUGUUCUUCCAUUCCUCUCCCGUACCGGCAUCACUCUCAUCCCCCCUGACCGCCUGGCUGCACUCUCAAGCAGCCAGCUGGAGGCCCUGGGUCCUGACAAUGCCGCCAUGGUAACCGAUGCUCAGCGAGCGAUGCUGGGAAUUGAACAGAAAGCUGCCCUUGAAAACGCCCUGGGCCUUCCUGCCCCGCGUGCCAUCUCAACCACCCCAAACCCCCCCGUCAACCUGCCCCAGCAGUCAGGAGCGUCUACGCUGGGAACCCUGGGACUUGGAGUCUACCUGCAGCCAUGCCUCGUUCUCCUGCUGCUGCUAGUGCUGUAGAGCUAACAGCACAGGAGCUGUCCUCUGGAGCCCUCUGCUCCUCCUGUAGAGCUGUCCUCUCUCCUCCUCCUGUAGAGCUGUCCUCUCUCUCCUCCUCCUCCUGUAGAGCUGUCCUCUGGAGCCCUCUCCUCCUGCCCUGUACUCACUACUCAGCCAGUCUUGUACCUUGAAAAAGAAGUCUUAUGCUUAAUCUACCUGCAACAUCUUUCUCAUGCUUUAUUAUGACCUGAGGGUACUGUAUGUAUACAUGUUUAUCAACACACACAAUAGAAAUGUCUAUCUAGAGAAUUUGAGGACCAUACUUAAUGAUGUUAGUCUGAAAGAAAUAACUGUAACUUCUAUGCUAAUAAAGAAUAUAUUUAUUG